GGCCUAUUGUGUGAGAGCUUUGGUCGCCAUGUAUGGAGAAGAAGACACUCGUGCCGAGAAGACAAAGUGUAUUGGCGGGCAUUGGGCAAUAAAAAAACUAGCACGUUAUACGCUAGCAAUGAUGUGGAUUCAGACAUUAAAAAAAUUGCUCCUUUAGCGACGUUGUCGGGAAUAUGAUUAUAGGUCGUGGAGGUCUGAGGUUCGAUUCCGACUAGGUCCAGGUACAGGUACAGGUCCCAAGCAGGCUAGGCGACAAAAGGGGCAGAAGAGAAGCUUUGGGAUCGGGAGAGGAUCGGGCGUGUGCAGUAAAAGAUGGAGUGUAACAAGGAGGAGGCGGAGAGGGCCGUGGAGAUUGCUCAGAGGAAGCUGGGGAUGAAGGAUCUGGAGGGUGCCAGGAAAUUCGCAGUCAAGGCGCAGCAGCUGUACCCUCCUCUGCCUGCACUCUCCCAGCUCAUGCCAAUUCUCGAUGUACUUCUGGCCGCCCACCACUCUAUCAAUAGCGAAAUGGACUGGUACGCUAUUCUUCAACUUGAUGAUAUCAAUGUCAUGGCUGACGACUCUCUUGUCAGGAAACAGUAUAGAAAAUUGGCAUUGCUCUUGCAUCCUGACAAGAAUAAAAUUGUAGGCUCUGAGUCUGCCUUUAAGCUCAUUGUUGACGCAUGGGGUGUCUUGUCUGAUAAGAUCAGGAGGGCCAUUUAUGACCAGAAGAGGAAAGCCAAUCCCCUCUUGAAAACCCACUCUCAAAACCCUAAAAGACCUCCUCAGAGACGAGCUACCCCUAAGAAAAAGCCUCCUGAAAAUGGCUCUUUUAAUGGUGGUCGUGGUAGUACAAAUUAUGCUUCCUCCAUUGCUGCACCUAAUCUUACACAACAGAGCAAGUCCGUAAAUUUCUGGACUGUGUGUCCCUCUUGUGGCAUGCAGUAUGAAUACCAUUCUGUAUAUGAGAAUAAGAAUCUUCUCUGUAGGAAUUGCCGGAAGCCUUUCCUUGCAGUAAAGGCAGCUGCGAUUCCUCUAUCAGCCAUGAGUAAUUUCAGUACUUCUUGUUAUCCCUGGUCUCAUGCCCAAGUGGGCUUAAACAACUCUACCACUAGUUUUGGCACAGGGGUGGGGGGUUUUGCUAAUGGGGUUAUUCCCAAUCUCAACUUUACGUGGAGUGGACCCUUUGAGGGUGCUGGACCCAAUUUCGCUACUGUCGAUUCUACAGCUGAAAAUAUGAAAGUGAGCUGCGAAAAUGUAGUAGACUCUAAGGAGGACCCAGUUGAUGAGAGCCACAAAGAAAAUUUACCCGGAAAAGAUGAAUACGAUGUACUCAUCAAAAAACCCCGUAAGCAGAAAGUCCCCAAGGCUUGUAAGCCAUUAGCUUCUUCCUUUCACGAGGCUCCAUCAUCUUAUAAGGCUCCUGUGUCUCCGAAAGUUCCACUCUCCUCAAUGGAAACAUCAUCUCCCAAGAGUACUUCUGGUAAGGCGGCUUCAUCUCCCAAGGUCACCUCUUCUACCAAGGAACUUUCAUCUCCCAAGGUUUCGUCCUGUACUAAGGAUUCUUUCCCUCCCAAGGUUUCAACCUCCACUAAGGCGGCUUCAUCUCCUAAGGUUUCAGCCAAGAAGCGAAACUUUGAUGACUGUUGUCAAGGAAGUGAAGAUGAAGUAAGUGCCCGAAAGUCUAACUGUAGUAGGAAGGAUAUAGAUUUGAACAAAGUGGAUGCUGAGGUAUUUCACGGUGAUGCCAGUAAAGAGCAACCAAAGAAAUCGUUUCCCGAGGUCGCCUUUACAUCGCCUCUAAGAGCAAAUCAAACUAAUAAACCAUCUGGCAAACAAGCUCCAGCAACAUUGCGCAAGGAUUGCUUGGCAAAAUCUGUCAGAGAUUUGUUAGCAGAGAAGGCAAAAAUGGAUAUACGGAAGAAUCUCUCUGAGGCGAAAAGGAAAGCUGAAAAGGCUGCAGCUGACAAGGAAGAAGCUGAAAAGGCUGCGGCUGCGAAGGAAAAAGCAGUAGCUGCAGCUGCAAAGAAAGAAGUCUUGGCUGCAGCUGCAAAGAAAGAAGCAUCGACUGCUGUAAGAAAAAGGACAGUAGAAGAUGAGUCGAGAAAAGCUUCAGUUUCAGCUAAAAGUCCGGACAAGGCUAAAAAAUGUGCAAAGAUUGAGAAAAAGGAAAUCCAAAACAUGACUAAGAAGCCUGUAAGUUACAAGAAGACAUAUAAGAAGCAAGAAGAGGUAAUGAAAAGUGAAAUUAUAGAAAAACCAGCCUUUGAUUCACGGUCAAUCACUGUUCCAGAUUCUGAUUUUUAUGACUUUGAUAAGGAUCGCACUGAGAAUUGCUUUGAUACGAAUCAGAUAUGGGCUACUUAUGAUGAUGAAAAUGGGAUGCCACGAUUUUAUGCUCGAAUUGUGAGAGUUGUGUCCCUGGAUCCAUUCAAAGUGCAGAUGAAUUGGAUAGAGCCAAAGUUGCAUAAGUAUCAGACCUGUGGUGAAUUUACGGUGGGAAAAGUGAUUAGCAGUUAUAUGCUUAAUAUGUACUCUCAUCUGAUGAAAUGGGAGAAAUCUCCCAAGGGUAUUUUCACAAUUGUGCCAAGAAAAUCUGAUGUUUGGGCACUCUACAGAGAGUGGGAUUCUUGUUGGGAUGAAAAUACCCCUGCAGAAAUUAGACACAAAUACGAGAUAGUAGAGGUUCUGACAGACUUUAGUGAGGAGCUUGGAGUAAGUGUGGUUCCACUUGUAAAGGUUUCAGGGUUCAGGAAUUUAUUCCGGAAGCAGCAUUUGGCAUCUCAGUCAAGUGAUGAAUGGGUAGUGCCCAAGGCAGAGCUUCUUAGGUUCUCACAUCAGAUUCCUGCUAGGAGGCUUACAAAAGAGGACUCGCCAAUCAUACCUGAAGGUUGCUGGGAGGUGGAUCCUGCAGCGACUCCUUUAGAUGUACUGUGCCAAGGAAAUACAGAAACUAAAAAAAAGGAACCUUGGACUGCAGAAAAAGUAGAAGCAGCUGAAGAAAGAGGAGGAGAAGCUGAAGGUAAAGGAGCAGAAGCUAAAACAAAAUUUGCAGAAUUUGAAAUAAAAAUUGAGCUAGGUGAGGAAAGGGCUGCAGGAUAGCUUUGUUUGACAGCAUUCGGAUCAGAAACUCAAUUGACCGUGGGCCUGGAAAUUUUUGUUGUUGGAAUUUGGAAAAUGUCUGAUUAAUUCAUGAGAGACUAAAAUGCAACAUCUCAGACAGAGGCCAAUAUAUUAAUGCCAAAUAACAUUCCGCAAAGCCACUAGUGACUGGACUAUGAUGUACAGCAUGGACUUCUUGCCUGCAAGAUGAAACUAAAGCAGUCAAUAUACUUCCUGGUUUCUUUCAGAGCAAUACUCAUCCUUGUCAGUUUGGGGAAGUUGUGAACUGCAUUAUUUUUACCUCCUAAAUUAUGAUGUCAAUAUGGAAUACCCUGUGGUCUCAGUUUUGUGUGUCCUUAAGUUCAGAGUGGAGAUUACAACUGACAUUUAGUUAUGGCAAUUAAUUUUGCAUGGUGAUAUGAUUUUUUAGAAUUCUGGCAUACCCUUACACAAGCAAGUUACACUUUCCAUCAUCAGUACAACGGUAAUAUAUCAUGGAAUUUCUUUUAAAAUUGGCAUUCUAAAAUUUCUGUAAAAAAGAGCCAUAAUAGCUGGUCACCCUUUAUAUGGUUCUAGGUUAUAAGCAUCUUCAAUUAUUUGUUGUCUUGUACCAAGGAGAUCUGAUUGUAGUAGUGCAUAACCACAUUAGAUCAUAUUUUAUGUAGAGCAGGCACUGCAUAAAUAUGAUGUCAUUCCUGUUUGAGUUGCAUAACCACAUUAGAUCAUAUUUUAUGAAGAGCAGGCACUGUAUAAAUAUGAUGUCAUUCCCUUUUGAGUAAUUACUGCAA